AGGAAAACCGCGCCGGAUCAUCGACUCCUGCGUCCUAUUAAGAGCUGCCCGCGUUAAUUAGAGGAGAAUAACAAGAGGCAACAACAAAAAAGGAAGGCGUCCGAAAUAAGAAGAGGAAGGCCGGGCUGACUGGACCGGGGGUGGGGGCAGAAAUGUGAAGAAAACUGAGAAUUAAGGACGUGGUUAUUUGAUGCUGCCGCUGCGUUUCCGGAGUGUCUGUACCUUCACCGGAGGGAGAGGAGAAGGAAGGGAUGCUGCAUCUCUCCGCUCUCCGCUCAUCAGUCUCCUCCGCUUCAUCUCGCCGUGAUUAACGCGUGUCUGUCUGCUGGAGGACGAAUGGACAAGACGCGGAAAUGUUAAAUGAACGUUUAGAGGGUUUGUCCUGAGCAUCUCCGAGGAUUUUUCGUUCUUUUUUUUUUUUUUUUUUUGCGCGCUGCUCUCUUCAGUCGCAUCACUGCCGACUUCUGUUAGGCGCAAAGGAGGCAAGAAGACAGCCUACUUGAUAUUCUCCUCAGUGUUCAAUUAUUUAGGAGUAUCUGUUCCUCCAGCUCAACAUAUGCAGGCGUCUUUGUCUUACAUCCCCCGUGCGUGAUUUAUUUUUUUAUUUUUAUUUUUUAUUUUUUUAAAGCCGGGCUGUAAGUGGCGGGGACACGGAUGAAGGCUGAUGGCCAGGCGCCCCAAAUUUCCUCAGAAAUGGGAUGCAACCUAAAAUAACCCCAGUGUCAAAUGAUUUCCGCUCAUCGCAAGCCGAGGGAGCCCUGAAUCUGCGACACGUACGGCUCCUCCUGAGACCGCCCCAUCCCCUCCUGGCCCCCCCUCACCGCUCGGAGCUCGUACGCCGGUGACUUUUUGUUUUUUAAUGGCUUUUGUGUUGAGGAGAUGGAGGGUCCUACUGGUGCUGAACGUGCUUGCUGUUGCCGGGUUCAUGACUUUCUGGACCAAGUGCAACACACGCAGCGUCCACGCCGUCGGUCCGGCGGCUCCGGCUGAGGGGAAGAGGCCCCGGGGCAACGGGACGGCGCAGGGGCCCAACAUCAGCCACGAGGUGCUCCUGAAGAGGCUCAGCUCGCUGGAGGACGUGGUGUACAGGCAGUUGAACGGUCUGUCCAAAUCUCUUGGACUGAUUGAGGGCUUUGGGGGUCGGGGUAAAGGCGGCCAGCCUGCCACGCUGUCUCCGGCCGAGGAGAGCGAUGCUAAAUACCUGAGGGAGAAGUACGGCUACAAUGCUUACCUCAGUGAUAGGAUCUCUCUGGAUCGGACCAUACCGGAUCACCGGCCCAGCAAAUGCAGAAAGGUCAGCUACCCGAGGGACCUCCCUCAGAUCUCCCUCAUCUUCAUCUUCGUCAACGAGGCGCUGUCGGUGAUCCUGCGCUCCGUCCACUCGGCUGUCAAUCACACGCCCGCCCACUUGCUCAAAGAGAUCAUCCUGGUGGACGACAACAGCGAUGACGAGCAGCUCAAAGGGCCGCUGGAAGAGUACGUCAACAAGCGCUACCCAGGCCUGGUGAAGAUAGUAAGAAACCAGAGGAGAGAGGGACUGAUCCGGGCCAGGAUCGAAGGCUGGAAGGUGGCGACGGCUGAGGUGACCGGAUUCUUCGACGCCCACGUGGAGUUCACCCCGUCAUGGGCCGAGCCAGUUCUAGCCAGAAUAAAAGAGGACCACAAGAGGAUCGUCCUGCCCUCCAUCGACAACAUCAAGCACGACACGUUUGAGGUGGAACGAUACGAGAACUCGGGCCACGGCUACAACUGGGAGCUGUGGUGCAUGUACAUCAACCCUCCCAAACAGUGGUGGGACGAGGGGGACAUGUCUGCUCCCAUCAGGACUCCUGCCAUGAUCGGCUGCUCCUUCGUGGCCAACCGCGAGUACUUCGGAGAGCUGGGUCUGCUCGACUCGGGCAUGGACGUCUACGGCGGGGAGAACAUCGAACUGGGCAUCAGGGCCUGGCUGUGUGGAGGCAGUAUGGAGGUGCUUCCCUGCUCCAGGGUGGCUCACAUUGCCCGGAUAAAGAAACCCUACCACAGUAACAUAGCCUUCCACACACGGCGCAAUGCGCUGCGUGUGGCUGAGGUCUGGAUGGACGAAUACAAGUCCAACGUCUACCUGGCCUGGAACAUCCCCAUGGAGAACCACGGCAUCGAUUACGGAGACGUAUCCCAGAGGGCUGAGCUGAGGAAGAGUCUGCAGUGUAAAAGCUUUGAGUGGUACCUCGACAAUGUUUACCCAGAGAUGAGGAGGUACAACAACACGCUGUUCUACGGCGAGAUUCGCAACUCUAAAGCCAGCCACCUGUGCAUGGAUCAGGGUAUGAAGGAGAACCACACUGCCACCCUGCACCCCUGUCAUGGGUGGGGUCCUCAGUUAGGACGUUACACCAAAGAGGGUCAGCUGUUCCUGGGUCCGCUGGGCAGCACCGGGGACGACACUCGCUGUGUGGUGGACGAUCAGAUCAGCAACUUUCCUCAGCUCCUCAACUGUGACAAGGUGACCAACGUGAAGCAGAAGACGUGGCAUUUCUCUCAGAACGAAUCGAUCAUAAAUCGAGCUUCGGGUCGCUGUCUGGAGGUGCUGCCGGCCAACGUUUACUUCGGCCACCUGCUGGUCCUGCAGCCCUGCUCGGGGCAGAGGUGGACCAUCAAGAACACCAUGAAGCAAUAGUCGACCGGCUAAUUUCACUGGGACCAAAUUACACCAGAGGCCAUUUCCAUUACAGCCGUUAGCUGAACCUCAGCGGGUCGAUGGACAAACGACGAGGCACAGGCUCCUCAUCUUCUCACAGAUGGGAGCUGUGAGAGGAGGUUUGGGAACAAUGGAGAUUUUUUUUUCCUCUUUUCUUUUUUUUUUUUUUUAAAUUGGACAUUGAAAAUGAUGCAAGUUUAGCAUGAGGAGUGUUUCGCUAUUUGACUUUUACAAAUUUACAGUGUGACGUUGCCAUAAUUCCUGUUUGUGCCACUUUGCUACGAUGUCUUUUAGGUUUAAGGAUAGAGAUUCAUUCAGCCGUCUUCUGUCUUAUGUGGGGUGGGGGGGGUAAAAAUGAUGCUUCAUCCUUCUGCAAUAUUUCAUUCUGUAUCUUGUUAUGUCAUUGAAGAAGUGAAUGAGAUCUGGAAAUUACGUAGAAUCCGAUUUUCAGUAAUGUGCACUGAUCAAAUUAUAUUUUCGUGUAAGGUACCAGAAAAAAACAGGUGAACCUACUUAAGAUAUAAAUUAUAUAUUUAACAUAAUUUAAUGCCCAAAAUAAGGAUUUUAUGUUCUUUAAGAGGUUUAGACCCUGUAAAUAUUUAUAAUUUGAAGAAAAAAAGCACUAAUGACAAACAUGACUUGAUGUAUUGGAGUUUUUUUUUUAAUUUUUUUUUUAAUUUUUGCAGUUGUUGUAAAUCAUCUCCAAUCACCUCAAGGAUCACAUUGUCAAGAGGGCUACUGGGCUAAAUCACGGUUCUAAAUGUCAUGCGCGUUCGACUUUUGUACGGUUGUUUUUACUCUGAGCAUUCUGUAGAAACGGACGCAGUACAUCGUGUAGCAUGAUUGUAAGUACUGUACGUACAUGGGUACAAGUUCAGUUGUGUUAAGUGGAUUUACUCCCGCUGAGUGCCAUGACGACUGCACACGGCCAAAACUAACGAAGCACUUUUGUGGGCAGAGAGAUGGAACCACAAGCUGAGAAGAAGAUUGAAUCAGGAGCGGAAAAGUGCACACGCGUUAUUGAUUGUGGAAAUGCUGCAGGCCUUCGAGGGGAUUGUUAAUGUCCUGAGAUGUAUAUGAUGUCAUAUAUUCACUUAAUUCAGUGUUAUCAGUUGGAUUUCUGCUCCCGAGAUUGUCUUCCAAUAAACAACUGGUUUCCUGG